GAACAUCGUACCGCAGCGCCGAAUCAUUCUCCACCACUCUUACCCCAUCAAACCCACCAUUCGUUCGACCAAAUGCCUCCCUCCAGAUCCAGGGCCGACGACAAGAUCCUCAGCUACGGCGAUGUCGUCCUCCGAAGAUCCGACCUCGACAUCCUCCACGGUCCCUACUACAUCAACGAUCGCCUCAUCGAGUUCUACUUCGCCCACCUCUCCCCACCCCACCCGGUCCUCCUCGUCCCGCCCUCCAUCUCCUUCUGGCUCUCCAACUGCCCCGAUCCAGUCUCCCUCUCCGAAGCCGUCACCCCUCUCGAACUCCCCCAAAGAGAUCUGGUCCUUUUCACCGUCAACAAUAACAGCGACGUGACGGCCGCCGAUGGCGGGACGCACUGGAGUCUCCUGGUGUACUAUAGAGCGACCAACGAGUUCGUGCACCACGAUAGCAGCCAAGGGAUGAACCGGUGGCAUGCCGAGACGCUGUUUGAGGCGGUGAAGGGGUUCGUUGGAGAUGGCGACGACGCUCGUUAUGUCGAAGGCUUCACGCCGCAGCAGAACAAUGGUUAUGACUGCGGUUUGUAUGUGAUGACGAUUGCGAGGGUGGUAUGCGAUUGGUUUCGGGAGGGCGAGCCGAAUAACUAUAGGGAGAGAUGGUUUUCGGUGUUGGAAGAGGAGGUGGAUGCCGCAACGGUGGCCGAGCUCAGAGGGGAGGUGUUGAGGCUUAUUGUGGGUUGAUGGAGAAAAGGUGAAAACUUUAAUUGGUAAAGAGUUCGGUGAUCUUCUUUCUUAGCCACUUCCAGUUUGCUUCCUGUUGUUGUACUUGUCGUUGUUGUUAAAUUCUACACUUUGGCAACAUUUUAGUACUUGAUGAACAUUGUUCUUCAUGCAAUAAUUUUAAAUUAGAUGUGGCUUGCUAAUUUACAUUGAUGGAUUUAUUUGGUGCUGUAAUGCUCAAUAAUUUGCCUCUUUAGAGCA